AUGAACAGCGAACAAUUUGACAAAUUCCUUGCAUUGCAAGCUACACAACAACAACAAAUCUCGGACAUAUUACAAUUGCUGUUAACGCAACAGCAAAAGGCAGCUGCCGCGACUCCCACACCAACAACGACACACGGCACGGAGUCGCCCAGCUCUUCGAACACGAACGGUAACAGAAACAAUGUUUACAACGGCUUUAAGAGCGACAAAUUCAACCCGGAUGACACCGCAGUUGAAAAUUUUAUCGACUAUUUCGAAACCAAAUGCAAACUUUGGGGCGAGGAUGCACGUAUCAUACAGAAGGAACUGCUAUUUACCUGCCUCUCACCGGAGACCUUUCACGAAAUUAAGGUUGCCCUUACACCGCACUUUGAAAACAGUACAUAUGCGGAUAUUCGAAAUAAACUGCUCGACCUAUUUAGAAUUAAACGCACACGAUACAGAGCAUUAACGGACUUUUGGAACUGCAUACGAAAAGACAACGAAUCUAUGGAACAUUACGCUAACAGAUUGAAAGAAAUAAGUAAAGAUUGUGGCUAUAGCGAUAACUUAUUAGAACGACAGUUACGUGACCGAUUUGCAACCGGGCUUAACCACGAACAAUUACAGAUCGACCUGAAACAAAAAUGGCCGGAUCUACAAGAAAUUCAAGAUGGUACGACGAAAGAAGUCACCUUCUCUCAGAUUUUUAGCGUUGCUCAAUCGCGGGAACGAGCAGAAGGCGAUACAGACACACACGUCAAAGUCAAUAAGAUUAAAAGAAACCCCAAAUCUUACCAGAACACGUCACCGCGCAAAUUACGGACCCAUCAAUGCUUGAGAUGCGGUGAGCCCGAAAGACAUCCAUUAAACCAGUGUGCUGCCAAAGCACAUACAUGCAAACAGUGUAACACACCAGGUCACUUUGAGGAUUGCUGCAUCAAAUCAGGCAAAGCAUGCUUACCUAAUCGGAACUAUAAACAAACAACAUUUACUAAAGGAAACAAGCUGCACAAACUUAAGCAUGACGGGAGCAGCAGCCACUCGUCUCAAUCUUCCUACUCAGACGACAGCGGAGAUGAAACGGACGUUGUCUGUCAAAUAAGCAAAACUAAAAGCAAGGACAGCAAAAAAAUUGAUGUUUUCAUUAACGACAUUCCGUGCACGAUGGACUGGGACCCCGGUUCACUCUAUUCAAUUAUUAGUACACAAUUGUGGGCGCGUAUCGGAGCUCCUUCCCUCAUGAAGGCUCCCAGCUUGCGCGCAUAUGGAAAUACAAGACUCAAACCAAAGGGUCUAACAAACGUUACCGUACGCAUUCAAGACGAGGAAAAACUACUUCCUGUUGUUGUAAUGAAGUCAGCUGACCCUAUGUUGUUCGGCCUACAGUGGAGCGAAAUGUUCCAGAUGGAUUUCCCAAAGCCAGUCUAUUCCAUCAAGAAAACUCGACACGAAUCCAUUACACUAAAACAACUCUUGGACAAGCAUACAACUCUCUUCGACGGCAAACUUGGAAAAGUAAAAGAUUAUCGAGUAAACAUACAUAUCAAGCCCCAUGCUCAACCGAAACACAUCCCAGCCAGAUCAAUUAAAUUUUCAAUGAAGAAAAACAUUGAAGUUGAACUAGAUCGUUUGGUCGAAGAAGGAAUUAUAACCAAAGUAGACCCAAAUAUAACUCCGGUUCAGUGGGCAACGCCGACAGUUAACGUGGUGAAAACCAAUGGCCAGAUCAGAAUCUGUGGUGACUUCCGCAGUACACUUAACCCUGUUCUUAUAACACACGCACACCCUGUUCCUUUAUUUGACCAACUACGCCAGAGUCUAGCGGAUGGUGAGAAAUUCUCGAAAAUUGACCUAAAAGACGCGUACUUACAAUUUGAAAUUGAACCUGAAUCGAAACAAUUCCUGACAAUAUCGACACACAAAGGAUACUACGUCUACAACAGAAUGCCGUUUGGCAUUUCGACGGCGCCGUCAAUAUUCCAACAUUACCUUGACAAGCUUCUAGAGGGAUUGCCAAAUGUAGCAGUCUAUUUUGAUGACAUUGCGGUUACAGGGAAAAAUGACAAAGACCACCUUGAAACAUUACGUACCGUAUUCGAAAGACUGGAACAAGCCGGAUUGAAAGUCAAUUUAAAGAAAUGCACCUUUUUACAGCCAGAAGUCGAAUAUCUUGGACACACAAUUGACAAAAAUGGAGUACGCCCUACAAAAUCAAAGAUUGAAGCCAUCACCAAAGCCUCCCCGCCAGCUAAUGCCAAGGAGCUACGAGCAUUCCUUGGGUUGGUCAACUUCUAUGAGCGGUUUAUACCACACUUGCACAGCGUCUGUGCUGAUCUUCACGCACUAACUGGAAACAGGGUGAAAUGGCAAUGGACCGACAAGGAAGCUGAGGCUUUUGAACGUGCUAAGUUAAUGAUUGUACAUUCUAAACCACUUGUAGCUUUCAAUGACAAAUGCCCACUUUAUCUAGCCUGUGAUGCUUCAGAAAAGGGCGUCGGAGCAGUGCUUUUUCACAUGAGGAAUAAUAUUGAACAACCAAUCGCUUUCGCAUCACGAAAACUCCGACCCGCAGAGUCAAAGUAUUCUGUCAUAGACCGCGAAGCCCUAGCAAUAUUUUAUGGAAUUAGAAAAUUUGACCAAUACCUUCGCGGCACGAAAUUUACAUUAGUCACGGAUCAUAAGCCCCUAAUACACAUUUUGGGAUCUCAACGAAACUUACCCAAACUCGCUAACAAUCGCCUAGUACGAUGGGCUUUAAUAAUUGGAAGUUACGAUUACGACAUUAAGUAUACAAAAGGUUGUAACAACCUGAUCGCAGACUAUUUAUCAAGAAUGCCCAACCCAGAAGAACUGCCAUCCAAAUCUGAGCUUAAGGUUCACAGAAUUGUAGCGCGAUUGCAGACUGACAGCAUUGGUGAUCUUGCACUAUCUGAAAGCGUUAUACGAGAAGAAACACGCAAAGAUAUUACGCUGAAACAAGUAUAUCAUCUUAUAAAAACUGGUUGGCGUGAGCAUCAAUACUCAAACGAUGUAAAACCAUAUGCUCGAAAGCGCGGUGAGUUGUCACUAGAAGAUAAAAUAGUCAUGUGGCAGGGCCGUAUUAUUGUUCCUGAUACUCUAAGGAAGGCGACCCUAAAAUAUCUGCAUCGUGGACACCCAGGCAUUUCAGCAAUGAGAGCACUGGCACGUUUUUACGUUUGGUGGCCAACUAUAGAGGAAGAUAUAGACACGCAUGUGAAGGCUUGCCACAAAUGCCAAGAGAAUAGACCUAAUACUUCAGAUUUACCAAUCUUCUCAUGGUCUAUGCCAGAUCAAGCCUGGGAAAGGAUUCACGUUGACUUUGCCGGACCAUUCGAGGGCACAUAUUGGUUAGUUGUAUCAGAUGCUUUUUCCAAAUGGAUCGAGAUCAAGCCGAUGACCAAAAUUACGACAACCAAACUCUGUGAUGAACUGGAUACCAUUUUUACUACCUUUGGCCUACCCCAAUUUUUAGUGUCUGACAAUGGCCCACAAUUUAUAUCUAAGGAAUUUCAGGAUUACUGCAAAGAAAAAGGAAUAAAUCAUAUCAAAUCGUCACCUUAUCAUCCACGGACGAACGGAUUGGCCGAAAGGCUUGUGAGGACUUUCAAGACCAGAAUGUCAUCCAGCACAGGAUGCCUCAAAAAACGUUUAGAACAUUUCCUUUUCGCUUAUCGCAUCACACCCCAUAGCACCACUGGCAAAUCCCCGGGCCAGCUAAUGUUUGGAAGACAACUACAUUGUGUGCUUGACAAUGCCCGACCAAGUGCUAGACGUUCAUUACAAUACAAACAGAUACAAGCAAAUGUUAACUCCGACGGCCAGACUCCAAACUAUAGACCAGGUGAUGCUGUGUAUGUGCGAAGCAGGGAGCAGCCGCGGUGGGAGCCUGCCACAGUAUCUCGACGCACGCAUCGAUACUCCUAUGUCAUUAACACUCCAGUCGGGGUGGAGAGGAGGUAUCACGCAGAUCAUAUACGACCCCGUCUGCCUGAUCUAGAAGAAAGCCCUGCAGAGCAAACUUCUCAAUCAUCUAUGGUCCCAGUUGCCUCAUCGACGCCAGUACUGGGAACCAAUAGAUCCGCAAUGCCUUGCCCAGGGUCAAGAGCUGGAGUGGAACUUGACCCAGAAGUUAUUUCAGCUGGCUCACCUCAGAAUGAGGCUCCAGAAGUUAGUCCAGCUGGCUCACCUCAGAAUGAGGCUAGCGAGGCCACAGCAGCUACACCGAUGGCACCGCGUCGAAGCAAGCGUGCCAUUAAACCACCUCGUCGGCUAAUUGAUGAGAUGGACAUGUAA